AUGGGCUCAAGCAUUUCUCAGUGUCAUUUGUUCUUGCGUCUGUCAUGGGACUCCUCUCCGUCCAUGGUCUACACCAUGUUGACGACCCACUGGAGUCUCCCUGCACCCAACCUGGUGGUUUCUGUUGUGGGAGGAGAAAGCAGGACAAAGGUGAAGACCUGGGUGCGGGAGGUUCUGAGGCAAGGACUUGUGAAAGCUUCUCAAAGAGCAGGAGCAGCGUGGAUCCUGACUGCAGGAUUGCGUGAAGGUGUUGGUAGGUGUGUCGGCGAGGCGGUGAGAGAUCACGCCACUGCAGCUUCUUCAGACUCCAUCAACAGAGUGGUGGCACUGGGCGUCGCUUCAUGGGGUUUGGUGCACAACAGAGAGCAACUUGUCAAUCCGAAGGGCUGUUUUCCUGCUAAAUACUACGUGCAGAGCUCAUCUCGAGAUUCCUGCAGCCUGGAUAACAACUACCAGGCCUUCCUGCUGGUGGAUGAUGGGAGUGUGGGCCACAGAGGAGGGGAGACGACCUUCAGAGCCAAACUGGAGGACUUCAUCUCCCAUCAGCGCACAGGAAUAUGGGGUAGCGGCAGCAUUGACAUUCCUGUCCUGUGUAUGCUGAUAUCAGGGGAGACGAGCAUGCUGCAGAGAGUGGAUGUUUCUCUGAAAAACUCCAUUCCCUUGUUGGUCCUGGCCGGUUCAGGAGGCAUUGCAGACUUCCUGAGUGACCUCUUGGAGAAUCUGUCUUCAGCCACAGCCUUCCAGUCUUCUAAUGAGGGGGACAGCGAGGCCAGUGUGGAUCUGAAAGAAAAAGUGACGGAACGAGUGAAGAAACACUUUUCUUCUGAACCAGAAACAGAUAAACUUGUUGAACAGGCUCUCAGCAUUUACCAGAACAAAGACUUUAUAACAAUCUACCAUGGAGAGCAGGAGAGUCCAACUGAUUUUGAUACAGUUCUGCUCAAAGCAUUAGUAAGAGCAAGUAAGCAUCGUGUCUCAGUUGACGCCUCUCCUUACAGUGAAGAGCUCAACCUAGCUGUUGCUUGGAACAGGGUGGACAUUGCUAAGAGUGAACUCUUUAAUGGAGACAUCCAGUGGAGGUAUGAGGACUUAGAAGGGUCCAUGACGGAUGUCCUGAUCAACGACAAGCCUCAGUUUGUUCGUCUUUUCACUGAGAACGGCCUGAACAUCCUGGACUACCUGACUUAUGGACGACUGGAACAGCUCUAUGGAUCUGUGGCUGAGGGCACACCGUUAUACCAGCUACUUCAGCGCCGCUUAGCCAUGAGAGUUGGAACUACACCUAUGCCUACAUCACAUCCACCAGAGAGUUUACCAGAGACACAGUCUAAAUUAUUAACAGAGAAAGUUCAGAGUGAAACACAGUCUGAGAUCACCCUUUUUGAGAUUUCAGGAGUCCUGGAAAUAUUAAUGGGUGACAUUUGUGAGCUGUUCUACUAUGACGUUUUGGGCUUACAAAAUGUCUCAUCCCAAAGGAUAGCUCUUAGGCGUGUAAGUAAGCUGCUGCGUGGAGAGCGCAUAUAUCAAACAAGGCGGUGCUCCACCCCCUGGCCUUCACUUUUCAUCUGGGCUGUUCUACAGAACCGCAGUGAGAUGGCCACUUUCUUCUGGGAGAUGACAAGAGAGUCAGUGCUGAGCGCUCUAAGUGGUUGUAAGAUCCUGAGAGAACUGUCCAAACUGGAGGAUGAAAAUGAAACCAAACUCUCCAUGAAAGAUUUGGCCCAGCAGUUUGAAAAUCUGGCACUGGAUAUCUUUAGCUCUUGUUAUCGCAACAAUGAAAGUCGCUCCUUCAAGCUGCUGAUUAGGAAAUCUCCUGUUUGGGGCGGGACCACCUGCCUACAAAUGGGCAUGAGCGCUGACGCCCGACUUUUCUUCAGCCAUGAUGGAGUGCAGUCCCUGUUGUCCCAAAUCUGGUGGGGUGACAUGGAGAGGAACACAGAGGUGUGGAAACUUCUGCUCACUUUCUUCUGCCCUUUCCUUUGCUACACCAACCUCAUCUCCUUCAAGGAGCAAUUUGAGCAGCAACAAGAGGAGGAGAAGCCUAACGAAGACAGACCAGCUAACAUUCAUUAUGGAACGACCGUCUUCUCUUUCGCUGACAUCAAGCACAUUGAUGCUGAUUCACAAGAAGUUACCACUCCUGUGACUGCUACCAUCCAAGGCAUACCUGAACCCUACAGACCACCACAACGUCCGUUCGUAGUGUCACGCUGGCGUCAGUUCUGGUUUGCACCUGUCACUGCGUUUUUGGGAAACGUCCUGAUGUACUUUCUCUUCCUCGGGCUUUUUGCGUACGUUCUGUUGAUGGACUUCAAGCCACCACCGCCCUCAGGUCCAGCCAUCACAGAGUGCAUGCUGUACUUCUGGGUGUUCACCAUUGUGUGUGAGGAAAUGAGAGAGACAUUCUUUUUAGGGAAUAUGACCCGGCGUCAAAGGUUCAGAAUCUACAUUCAGAAUGUGUGGAAUAAAUUUGACCUCAUUGCCAUAACACUGUUCAUCAUUGGAUUGAUCAGCAGGAUGUUCAAGGUGUCUUAUGAAUUCGGACGUGAUGUUCUAUGUGUGGACUACAUGGUCUUCACACUUCGUCUCCUUCACAUUUUUGCUAUUCACAAACAGCUGGGACCAAAGAUUAUCAUUGUUGGCAAGAUGGUAAAGGAUGUUUUCUUCUUCCUCUUCUUCCUGGGAGUGUGGCUCAUGGCGUACGGAGUAGCAAAUCAGGCUUUGCUUUACUCCUACGAUCCUAACUUCAGUCGCAUUUUUCGCAGAGUUUUCUACAGACCUUACCUACACAUCUAUGGACAGAUUCCUGUGGAGGAAGUUGAUGUUGAUAAAGUGUGGGAUCUAACCUGCACAGACAACAUAACGUUGAUUGAAGACGGUGCAGAGCCAUGCAGGUCUCUGAACAAUAACUGGCUAGUGGUCAUUCUGUUGGUCAUUUAUCUCCUGGUUACAAACAUCCUCCUCAUCAACCUGCUCAUUGCCAUGUUUAGCUACACCUUCACUGAAGUGCAGGCUAACAGUGACAUCUACUGGAAGUUCCAGCGCUACAACCUCAUUGUCCAGUAUCACUCCCGGCCCUCACUGGCUCCUCCCUUCAUCAUCAUCUCUCACAUCAACUUAUUUAUCAAGAGGAUCAUCCGCAAGGUUCCCUCUGUCAAGGUCCACCAGUUUGUUUUGCAUUUGAGAGGGAAAGAAGCGAACAGAUUAACGACGUGGGAAACCAUCCAGAAAGAGGACUUCCUGACUGCUCAAAACAAAAUCCAAAAAAGCAGCGACUCUGAAAAACUCAAACGGAUGUCUGACAAGUUAAAUGGUGUUAUGAAACAGUUGUCUGAAAUCAAAGAGUUUGACCACAGGCUUAAAGCUCUGGAGAAUGAGAUGGAGUACAGUUCAAAUGCACUCAGAUGGAUUGUGGACACUUUAGCACAAAGCAGCACAAUGAAACCUCCCCGACCUCCACCUGCAUCAAAAGAUGUCCUCUCCACACCUUCCAGUUCAUCUUGAUGAUGCCUUUGGGUUAAUAUUGAGGCACAUCCCC